CAUAAAACAGUGACAUUUUGCAUUUUGAACAAAAUCAACGCGUCUUUACACAGGUUCUCGAAACCUGCUUCGUUUUAACCAAGAUUGGACAUCGCUGAUGUUUCAGCGUCCAUGUCCCCCCGUAGGCUGUGCUGCGGAGUGAUAUUCACUUCAUUGGAACCGACAAUGUGGAGGCUGUUAAAAUGUCUACUUGGAAAAUGAAAUGGUUACAUUUGCUCUUACAAUAAGGAAACGGAGCCGUUUAAGAGUUAUGGUUCGUGUUAAAAACGUGUUUUUAGUUUCGUGACGAAGACGUCAACCAGACGAGGCGACGGAGGAGUGGUUCAUAUUGUCUUUCUUCAUUUUCAUCAAGCCCACAGUCCGGACCACGGGGGGAAGGAUCCUAUCCCUAACUUUGUUUUUCUCUCUACUGCGGCCGUCGAUUUCUCCCUGUUGGAUGCCAUAUAACUGUCCAGUUGCUUGCUGAGACUGAAACGGCCAAGUGAACAGCGGCAGAGAAUGGCUGCAGUGGAAACAGACAAGGAGCUCAACGACUUGCUGGAUUUUAGCGCGAUGUUUGAGCCUCCAGUAUCAAACGGGAAGAACCGUCCAACUACUCUCGCCAGCAGUCAGUUUGGAGGUUCAGGUAUAGAUGAGAGGAGUGGAUCCGGUCCCUGGGGGCCCGGAGAACAGAACAGUCCAUCUUUCAACCAAGGAAGGGGUUAUGGAGAACAAGGCCUCUACAGUGAGCAGGAGGGCAUUGCGCCCGCCCCCAUGUAUGGAUCAGGGAUUGUUGGAAAGCCUGAGCGAGGACCUUACUCGUCAUUUGCACCACAGCCGGGCUUUAUGCCCAGUGAAAUGCCCAUGCCCAGUCCUGAUGCCCUCUCCCCGUCUGGCAUGAAGUCCAACUCCCAGUUUUAUUCCUCAUAUGAGGGAAGCAACUCUCGUAGGAGACCCUCACAGGAGCCCAUUGGCACACAGCCAAAAAAGAUCAGGAAGGUGCCCCCUGGCCUGCCCUCCUCGGUUUAUGCAUCGGCCUCAGGAGAGGAGUUUACCAGGGACAACGCUGGCUACCCAGCCCCGAAGGCAGGAAAUGUCUACCCACCACCAUUCUACAUGCAAGGCCUUCACCCGCCCUCUGAUCCAUGGGGCACUGCCAGGUCGAUGGUUCAGCCUGGAUAUACUACCAUGCUGGGCAACCCCCCCCAUCUGAGCCAGCAUGCUCCCUUCACUGCCAUCAACCCCCAAGACAGACUGAAACGGCAGCCAAUGCCCCUCUCUCCCCAGAACUACCCCAUGCAUGGCGGGGAGGUGAACGGGGCGCAUCCUGCGGGCUUCCACUCAGGCCCCAGCAGCUUCGGAGUCCCCAGCCACACCCCCCCUAUGGCUGACCCCAUUAUGGCAAAUCGAGGAACAGUACCAGGAAGUUCAGGGGAUGAGAUUGGAAAAGCCCUAGCAUCUAUCUAUCCCUCCGAUCCUCACAGUAACACCUACCCUCCGUCUCCGUCCACUCCUGCUGGCUCUCCCCAGGCUGUCUCAGGCUCUGCAUCCCAGUGGACUCGGUCCUCUGGCCAGGCCACACCUUCACCCAACUUUGACAGUGGACUUCAGUCCAUGCCCAAUAAAAUGGAGGACCGUCUGGACGAAGCCCUCAAUGUUCUUCAGCGUCACGCCAGCGGACAAGGAGGGCCAGGCCUGGCUGAGAUGCACAGUCUGCUGGCGUCAGGCUUAGGGUUACCUCCUGCCUUCACCAGCGCAGCACUCGGAUUGGCCAGCCGCCUGCCUGGACUGAUGUCCAGCCUCCAUGAGGACUCUGCUGGUCUGCCCUCUAGUGGAGGCCUGAUGCACGGGGGUCACCACGGCCCCGCGUCAGGCCCGCCGGGCUCUCAGCCUGAAGGCUUCACCGUAUCUUUGUUAUUGAAUGCCUGUGCAGGCCUGUCCGGGAGCCUCAAUCGCUCCAGUGGGUCUGAUAUAAAACGAGAGGACAAGGAGGACGAUGAAAACUGCUCAAUCACCGACAGUUUGGAUGAUGAGGAAGACGAUGAAGAUCUUCCAGUGGAGGUUAAGGCUGAGCGGGAGAAAGUGAGGAGGAUGGCAAACAACACCCGUGAGCGGCUACGUGUGCGGGACAUCAACGAGGCUUUUAAGGAGCUGGGACGCAUGUGUCAGCUCCAUAUGAGCCACGAGAAACCGCAGACCAAAUUGAUCGUACUGCAACAGGCCGUUAACGUUAUACUCAACCUGGAGCAGCAAGUCCGAGAGCGUAAUUUGAACCCAAAGGCUGCCUGCCUCAAGAGGAGAGAGGAGGAAAAAGUUUCAGGCGUGGACCCCUCCAUGCAGCUUGGUGGGGGUCAUAUGGGAGACGGACAUAUGUAAUUCCUAGUUCCUGUUGAUUGUGCAGCCCUUAGAACACGUGGCCUUAAUCUAUCAUUGUCAUGCAUCUCAGUGUGUGUUAAUCAACUUUUGGAAAGCACACACGCACACACACCUCAUUACUGACAAAGCAGGUGGCCACAUUCCUGACUAUGAAUUCAAAAGUAACAAGCACACUCUUACAGGAGGGAAAUGUAUUAAUCUUAACACGACAUCACUUUGAACCGAGGACACCGGUUUGGAGACAGUGGAAAUUGGACAUAAGGACUUUCUUAUGAUCAUGUUUUUGUAAGACAUUUUGAAAUAUUGCUUUACAUGUUGGGAGCAAAACUUGUUUGGAUCAAAUGAAACUUUUUGGAUCAACCGCUUCUGUGAGCAGAGUUAGGAUUUGUAUUGUUGGAUGAUUAUUGGCAUUCCCAUCUGAAAAGCAGGUCUUACAUUCUUCACCGGCAAAGAGGGACACCCGGGUUUAAAUCUUAUGAUUCAACGAAACCUGUAGAAACGUGCCCAAGAGAGGCCUAAUGCGUAGUGUAUGAUUAAGAUAAAAUGGCCAUCAAUAUUAUCUUGUCAUGUGAUGACUGAACUACGCAGGCAGGUUUGAAGACAUCCAGCGAAUAACCGGGCAAUCAGAGGGCUGACGCAUCCUUUUUUUAUUUUUGGUAUGCUGGUAUAUCUGGAUGUUUUUUCUUUUUUCUUUCUUAGGCUCAAAAGAGUGCAAUUUUUUGAUUAAUUUCAACUGUGGAUCCCUGAGUUUUAUCUCUUAAAGUCCUGUACAUCUGUUACGGUCACUGCCAUGCAAGUGGAGCAGAAAGACUGCCGGCGAGACACCGUCCACCGACUCAAACACGAGCAAAGACUCGAGAUACAAAUCCAGGAACGACAAAGGAUGAAUCCAUUGUGCACAGCGGGUACAGAUGUCCUCCUCCCGGCUCAGAUCACAACCGUCAGGAAGUCAGUCAUUCUCUGCCUGCCCCGGUCAAUCACACCUGAAGACUCUGUUCCAGCAUGGUGAACUUACUAAACUUAAGUCUAGGAGCAACUUUUAUUAUGGUAAAUCACAUGUUGCUUCAAGACGGAGAUCAUUGAGUAUUGAAAGGGAUCAUGAGUGUUCCUGCUACCCUGUAGAGAAUUUACUCACCAUUUAUGGAAUUGUUUUGCUGUGUGUUGAGCAUUUGGUGUUUUGUUUUUUCCCCUUUUUGAACAAUUGCAAAGCCUGUUGUAAGGAUCUUCCUUUUUUGUAGAACUGAUUUAUCAUUGUUUUUUUAUCGUUUUAUUUUUUACUUUGUAAGAUAGUUGUAUGAGUUUUGUUUUUAUCCUUUUGGAAUGCUCUUUCUUUUUUUGUUUACAUUGUUUAAAUGUAAGACGACUCUCAAUUUAGAUUCCAGGAACAAAGUGAGGUGUUUUCUUUUGUGCCAGGUGCUUAGAAACGUUAGAAAUGACAAACCUAUCUGGCUGUAACAUCACAUGUUGUGAUAUUGCUCUCUUUAAAAAAUGAAAAGAAAAAAAAAAUGAAUAGAAAAAUGCAUGUGUCAACACAACCCUGUCAGGCCAGUUGUAAUUGGAUUGUUCUGGUGUUUGCGACAGUUUUUCUUUAAUGAAACAAUAUUUUCUUCAGCACACCCCCCUCUCCUCUCCCUGAUGUCCAGCUCUCUGAAGAGCUUGUUGAUAAGUUUGAGGAAGGGGCAGUAGGGGCGGUCUGCACAAUCUGCAACAUAAUUCACUGUUUCAUUAUGAAAUGAAGCAUAAAAUGAAUCAAAAGGGUGGCCUUAGUCAUUUUCCUGACUUUGGGAGUUUUGAUAAUGGUUACUCACCAGUGCCUGAAUACUUCUCUGCUACAUGGUGGAUGACGUUGCAUUUGAGGAUUUAUAGGUUGUACCUUUUUAUAAUACAGAUGUAUAAAAACAUAUAUACUUCAGUUACAUCUGACAGUGUCUCAGAACAUCUAAAUGAAGAAGCACACUAGUGGACGCUGACCGCCUCAGUGUCGCUAUGUUAUUAAACGUAAGAUGACUAAUAACAUGGUCUUCAAAUUAGACACUGAAAACUACUUAAAAUGCUUCAUCUUUUAUGUACUGAUUUUGUUAAAUAUAAUUUUGUCCUUGACUGGCAUGUGCAUUGAUAUGUAUGUACAGCUGUAUGAUAUGUCAGCUUUAUCAUUGUAAGCUGAUACUUAUAUGUAACAGUAUUUGGUUUUUUGUACCUGUCAUUUUAUCACAAAUCUUACCCCCACGGACUAGCCCCAAACAUUAUUUUCUUUGUCAGUUACUCUAACCUUUCUGAAGAAAAAAUGUGGUGUUGUUGUGAUAUGAAAAAUCUCUAUUGAAGACUUGUACUUUUAUUUCUUUACAUGAAAGAUAGGUCUGCAGUAUCCGAGGAUCAAAACAUGCACCUGAUAUUCUUCGUUAACAGACCCUUUCUGUCCUCCACAACAGAUGACCUGCUACAAAUCUCUCUGUCUUCACUCAUGUUUGGGGACAACAUCUAUGUAGGCUAUGUCCUCAAAGUGCCUCCAGUUUCCUAUUUUUUAUAUAUAAAGUAGAUAUAGAGAACUGUUGUGUAUAUAACAGUAAUGUAGCAAUAAAUGUGCCAUUUUUAAUAACAAAUA